AGCACUGCCCCUUUUGAGCAGGUAGGGGCGGAGAGCCCUGAAAAAGAAACUUUCCACUCAAGGCAAACACCAUGCUUUUGGCACUACUAUUACUAAUUUUCUGCAGUUUUCUACACUGCACAGGGCUUGAAGGGAGUUAUAUAUCCCAACAAUUUCUCCACAGGCAGAAAGAGCUACUGAAAAGAGGCAGCAAUGAAAAUGAUUGGCUUGACUUAAAUGACAAAAAUGAAGAGUCCUGGAGUGGACAAGAUGAGACUAUGCUGCGUUCAGACAAGGGCUCAUGUUCUACCUGGGGUGCAGGGCAUUUCUCUACCUUUGAUAAUUAUUUGUAUGACUUCUUUGGGACCUGCAACUACAUCAUGGCUACCGUAUGCAAUGAUGUUACCCCAGACUUCAACAUCCAGUUCCGCCGUGGGAUGAACAAAAAAAUUGAAAGAAUCAUCAUUGAGAUGGGAGCUGUCAUCGUCAUAGUUGAAAAAAGCAUCAUUGUAAUCAAAGGUGUUGGUGUCAUCAAAUUGCCAUAUACCAGCAAUGGACUCCAAAUUGCACCUUUUGGACGCACUGUCCGCCUGGUGACCAAGCUGAUGGAGAUGGAGCUGAUAGUCGUCUGGAACAACGACGACUAUCUCAUGGUUAUGGUUGAGAGAAAAUAUAUGAGGAAAACUUGUGGAAUGUGUGGUAAUUUUGACGGACAGGAACUAAAUGAGUUUGUGAGUGAAGGUAAAUUGUUGGAUGCACAACAAUUUGCUGCUUUACAAAAAAUGGAUGACCCAUCAGAGAUCUGCCCAUCUCAGGAGAUGGCAAUUCCCAACAUUCCUCGCCAAAAAUAUGCCCGGAUCUGCUCCCAGCUACUCAACCUUGUGUCUCCAGCUUGCAACGUGUCAAAGAAAGCAUUUGUCAUUCGUUGUCAGCUUGAUAUGCAGGACUGUAAUGAUCCAGGGCAAAGAAAUUGUACUUGUGCUACGCUAUCAGAGUACUCUAGACAAUGUAGCAUGUCCCAUCAAGCAGUCUCUGAUUGGAGGAGUACAGACUUUUGCUCUGUAGGAAAAUGUUCAGCUAACCAAAUCUACAAGGAGUGUGGUUCUUCCUGUGUUAAAACUUGCUCCAACCCAGAUUACAGCUGUUCCAGUUACUGUACAUAUGGUUGUUUCUGCCCAGAAGGCACUGUUCUUGACGACAUCUCAAAAAAUCGAACUUGUGUUUCCAUUAACCAGUGCCCAUGCACUCUGAAUGGGGAGAGAUAUGAUCCUGGUGCUACCAUGAAAGCAACAUGCAGAACCUGUAAGUGUAGAAUGGGCCAGUGGGAUUGCAAGGAUCUACCCUGCCCAGGAAGAUGUUCCCUGGAAGGAGGCUCCUUUGUCACCACAUUUGAUUCCAGGUCAUACCGAUUCCAUGGCGUUUGCACAUACAUCCUCAUGAAGAGUCCGAGCCUUCCACACAAUGGAACCCUGAUGGCUGUGUAUGAUAAAUCUGGUUAUUCUCAUUCUGAAACAUCAUUGAGUGCAAUAAUUUACCUCUCUACAAAGGACAAAAUUAUGAUUUCUCAAAAUGAGCUUCUCAUGGAUGAUGAACUCAAGCACCUACCUUUCAGCUCAGGUGACAUCACCAUUUUCAGACAGUCCUCCACCCACAUUCAAAUGUAUACAACCUUUGGGGUGGAGCUAAUAGCUCAACUGUGGCCAGUGUUCCAUGUCUAUAUAAAAGUUGGACUUCUCUUCAAAGGCAGAACCCUAGGGUUGUGUGGCAAUUACAAUGGGGACACUACAGACGACUUCAUGACCAGCAUGGAUAUUAUUGAAGGAACAGCAGCACUGUUUGUGGACUCUUGGAGAGCAGGGAACUGUCACCCCACAGCGGAUAGGGACACCGAUCCUUGCUCUAUGAGUCAAUUGAACAAAAUGUCUGCAGAGACCCAUUGCUCCAUUCUUACUAAGAAGGGCACAGUGUUUGAGAAAUGCCACUCUGUGGUGAAUCCUGCUCCUUUUUACAAGAGAUGCGUCUACCAAGCCUGUAACUAUGAGGAGACCUUUCCUUAUAUUUGCUCCACCCUGGGAUCUUAUGCAAGAGUGUGUGCUUCAAUGGGACUGAUCCUCAUAAACUGGAGGGAUGCUAUGGACAACUGCACCAUUUCCUGUACUGGCAAUCAGACAUUCAGCUACCACACUGAAGCCUGUGAUAGGACAUGCCUGUCACUUUCCAACCAAGCUUUGGAAUGUUAUCCUACUGACAUCCCUAUUGAUGGCUGCAACUGUCCCAAGGGUACCUACUUGAACCACAGAAGUGAAUGUGUUCGUAAAUCCAUGUGUCCCUGCUACCUAGAAGAUAAGAGGUUCAUUCUGCCUGACCAGUCAACCAUAAUUGGUGGUAUUACCUGCUACUGUGUUAAUGGAAACCUGAGUUGCACUGGCAGACCUCAAGACCCUGCAGAAAACUGCAAGCCUCCUAAAAAAUAUGUGUCAUGUUCACAGCGUUCAGAUAACAAAUAUGGAGCCGCCUGUUCCCCUACCUGUCAGAUGCUGGCCACUGGAAUUAAAUGUGUACCCACUAAGUGUGAAUCAGGCUGUAUCUGCGCUGAUGGGCUAUAUGAAAAUCUAGAUGGAAUGUGUGUACCACCAGAUAAGUGUCCUUGUGAAUAUGGGGGCAUCUCUUAUAAAAAAGGAGAAGAAAUCCACACCGAAUGCAAAAGCUGCACCUGCACAAGAGGAAAAUGGAAAUGUGUUCAGAAAUCUAGAUGCUCCUCAACGUGUACCCUCUAUGGCGAAGGACAUGUCACCACUUUUGAUGGACAGCGCUUUGUAUUUGAUGGCAACUGUGAAUACACCCUUGCUACGGAUGGCUGUGGUAUGAAUAGCUCUCAUUCCACCUUUAAAAUUGUGACUGAGAAUGUCAUCUGUGGUAAAUCAGGAGUCACCUGCUCCAGAUCCAUCAAGAUCCAACUUGGGAACAUGACAGUUAUACUGGCAGAUGAAACCUACUCUGUAUAUGGGGAAAAUCCUCUGACACAAUUCCACGUGAAAAAGAAUGCCCUUCACCUGAUGUUCGAUAUCAUUAUCCCAGGAAAAUACAACAUGACUCUUAUCUGGAACAAGCACAUGAAUGUUUUCAUCAAGAUCUUCAGAGAAGCACAGAAUCAUCUCUGUGGUUUGUGUGGGAAUUACAAUGGGAACAUGAAAGAUGACUUUGAAACCCGAAGCAAAUACGUGGCAGCAAAUGAACUGGAGUUUGUAAAUUCGUGGAAGGAAAAUCCUCUGUGUGGGGAUGUGUUAUUUAUAGUUGAUCCCUGUAGCAAGAACCCUUAUCGUAAAGCUUGGGCACAGAGGAAGUGUUCCAUCAUCAACAGCCAGGUGUUUGCUCCCUGUCACAGUAAGGUAUACCAGGCACAGUAUUAUGAAGCCUGUGUCCGAGAUUCCUGUGGGUGUGACACCGGAGGAGAUUGUGAAUGCAUGUGUGAUGCCAUUGCAGUGUACGCCAAGGCGUGCUUAGAUGUAGGUGUCUGCAUUGACUGGAGAACCCCAGACUUCUGUCCUGUCUAUUGUGACUUCUUCAACACACACCAAAAGGCAGGCAGUGAGGGCACCUACAGCUACAAUUACUGGAAUGAACAAAAUUGCACCUGGCAUUACCGACCCUGUAAUUGCCCAAACCAGAACUACAAAUAUGUCAACAUUGAAGGCUGUUACAACUGCUCACAUAAUGAAUACUUUGAUCAUGAGGAAGGACAGUGUAAAUCUUGCGUAACAAAGACUGUAGAAAGGACACCACCACCACGUAUCAGCAAAACAACUCCCACCACACCUGUCUCCACAACGUCCAGAACCACUGUGUCUACAGAGUCUAGCCCCCCCUCAGUAAAAAUCAAAUCAACAAGUACACCUCUGUCAACGACCAUACUUUCCACUAGUUCUACGGAAACAAUCACAACUGCCACAACGACCACUCCCACAACGCUCACGGUGACCGCUACCACCUCGUCCACCAGUUCAACGGAGAGCACGACAUCCAAGCCAACUCCUACCGUUUCUACUACCGUUACCACACCCACCACACCAACUACGCUCACAACCCUCACUCUGACCACCACCACCUUGCCUACUAGCACAACUGAAAUCACAACAAGGCCUACUGUUUCCACAACCUUUACUACAUCCACCUCACCCACCACACCCACAACCCACUCUCUCUCCACAUCUACCUUGCCCACUAGCUCAACAGAAACCACAACAUCCAAAUCAACUCCUACUAUUUCCACAAGCUUUACUACAUCCACGUCACCCACUACACCCACAACCCACUCUCUUACCACAUCUACCUUGCCCGCUAGUUCAACUGAGACCACAACACCCAAGCCAAUUCCUACCGUUUCCGUUACCAUUACAACACCCCCCACAACCGCCACACCAACUAUGUCCACAACCCACUCUCUCACCACAUCUACCUUGCCCACUAGCUCAACAGAAACCACAACAUCCAAAUCAACUCCUACUAUUUCCACAAGCUUUACUACAUCCACGUCACCCACUACACCCACAACCCACUCUCUUACCACAUCUACCUUGCCCGCUAGUUCAACUGAGACCACAACACCCAAGCCAAUUCCUUCUGAUUCCAUUACCAUUACCACAACCCCCACAACCGCCACACCAACUAUGUCCACAACCCACUCUCUCACCACAUCUACCUUGCCCACUAGCUCAACUGAGACCACAACAUCCAAGUCAACGCCUACUGUUUCCACUACCAUUACCACACCCACCACAACCACCACACCAACUACGCUCACAACCCUCACUCCGACAACAACAAAACCGACUACUACUUCAAUGGAAAGCUCCACCUCAGAGACCACCACUCCAAGCACCGUAAAAACCACGCUGACAACUGUUUCCUCCACUGCUACAUCAACUGAGACCACACCAACAGGUAAAUUGCAGUCGCUGCUUUCCUUCGGGUCUGUAGGCAACGACCGGUGUAACAGCUCUCUUUCAAUUGCUCCUACGCGACGUAGGCUUCUUUAUCCAAGAACGUCUACGCUGCUUGGCUUUGGCGCCAAGCCAUCGGAAGGCCACGGCAGCAUUUCUAUUCAUCGGCCUUUCUCUCUACUCCCAACCCACCCUUCAGCUCCCUCUGACAUUUCGGCGUUUCAAUCAAUUGCCAAAGUCCAUUUCUACAGUGCCUUAAA